UGGCCCCCAGCACUGUGCCGGCUCCUGCCCGCCCUGCCGGAACCAUGAGGCUCCUCUCCGGCGCCAGUCUCGUGCCAUGUGGCCUGUUGCUGCAGCUCCAGGCCCUGUGCACACUGGGCCUCGCCCCCCACGCCAGAGGGCAGCUCUGCCGGACCCGGCCCACGGACCUGGUGUUUGUGGUGGACAGCUCGCGCAGCGUGCGGCCUGUGGAGUUCGAGAAGGUGAAGGUGUUCUUGUCCCAGGUCAUUGAGUCGCUGGAUGUGGGGCCCAAUGCCACCCGGGUGGGCGUGGUCAACUAUGCCAGCGCCGUGAAGCAGGAGUUCCCACUGCGGGCCCACGGCUCCAAGGCCUCGCUGCUCCGGGCCGUGCGCCGCAUCCAGCCGCUGUCCACGGGGACCAUGACCGGCCUGGCCAUCCAGUUCGCCAUCACCAAAGCCUUCAGUGACACCGAGGGGAGUCAUUCCAGGUCCCCCGACAUCAGCAAGGUGGCCAUCGUGGUGACGGACGGGAGGCCCCAGGACAGCGUGCGGGACGUAUCUGCACAGGCCCGGGCCAGCGGCAUCGAGCUGUUCGCCAUCGGCGUGGGCCGCGUGGACAAGGCCACGCUGCGGCAGAUCGCCAGUGAGCCGCAGGAAGAGCACGUCGACUACGUGGAGAGCUACAGCGUCAUCGAGAAGCUGUCCAAGAAGUUCCAGGAGGCCUUCUGCGUGGUGUCAGACCUGUGUGCCACAGGAGACCAUGAUUGUGAGCAGGUGUGCCUCAGCUCCCCGGGCUCCUACACCUGCGCCUGUCGGGAGGGCUUCACCUUGAACAGUGAUGGCAAGACCUGCAAUGCCUGCAGCAGCAGCAGUGGCAGUUCGGCCACUGACUUGGUCUUCCUCAUUGAUGGAUCCAAAAGUGUGCGGCCGGAGAACUUUGAGCUGGUGAAGAAGUUCAUCAAUCAGAUCGUGGACACGCUGGACGUGUCCGACAAGCUGGCGCAGGUGGGGCUAGUGCAGUACUCAAGCUCUGUGCGCCAGGAGUUCCCGCUGGGCCGCUUCCACACGAAGAAGGACAUUAAGGCGGCUGUGCGGAACAUGUCAUAUAUGGAGAAGGGCACCAUGACUGGGGCUGCCCUCAAGUACCUCAUUGACAAUUCCUUCACUGUGUCCAGUGGGGCUAGGCCUGGGGCCCAGAAGGUGGGCAUUGUCUUCACUGAUGGCCGGAGCCAGGACUACAUUAAUGAUGCUGCCAAGAAAGCCAAGGAACUUGGCUUUAAGAUGUUUGCUGUGGGUGUGGGCAAUGCCGUGGAGGAUGAGCUGAGGGAAAUCGCCUCAGAGCCCGUGGCAGAGCAUUACUUCUACACGGCUGACUUCAAGACCAUCAACCAGAUUGGCAAGAGGUUGCAGAAGAAGAUCUGCGUGGAGGAAGACCCGUGUGCCUGCGAAUCCAUUGUGAAAUUCCAGACCAAAGUGGAGAGGCUGCUGCAGGCCCUGACCAGGAAGCUGGAAGCUGUGAGUAAGCGGCUGGCCGUCCUGGAGAACAGAGUCGUCUGA